AUGAAAGAAAUUUCGGCAAAGAAUACGAUUUUGGCUUUUCAUGAAACCUUCUGCAGAUAUGGCAUACCGGAAUCUAUCAAGUCGGACAAUGGUCCGCAAUUCAUGAGUGAGUCGCUGCAAAGCUUUUGUACCGAGUUUGGAAUUGAGCUGCGGAAAACCACACCAUACUGGCCUCAGGCCAAUGGUGAAGUUGAGCGCGCUAACAGAUCCCUAAAAAAACGACUUCAGAUCAGCCAGGAAUCUUGUAAAGUGGAUUGGAAGUGGGAUUUACGAAUGUAUCUCCUGAUGUAUAAUUCGACACCUCAUUCUACUACGGGAGUGGCACCUUCUGCAUCAAUGUUCGGUAGAGUGCUGCGAGAUAAACUUCCAACUUUUCCAACAGGUUUGAAAAAGUCUAUCGAAGAAAUACGCAGAAUACGCGGACAGAAGAAGGAAAGCCUGUCCAAAUGCACUGAAGGAAGGAGAUGUGGUGGUCGCAAAAAGAAUGACAAAAGAUAA